UCAUAUCCUCCUCCAAGCCCAGUUGAAUUAAGAAAUAGACUUAAAUGGUAUAUAUUGGGCAAACAUUUUGGAUACACCAUUGCAUCAGGCACAAAUACUGCAGGAGAUAGUUCCACAAUCCUCACAGAUCUUAAUGACACAUCUUGCGAACUGACAAGUGCACAGUGUGUACAACAGGAAACAUGCAUGAUGGAUGUAGGAGAAGAGGAAAAGAGAUUAAUGAACGUUAAGGAAAGAGAGACAGAAACAAUGGACAUUGAAGAAGAACUACAAAUAAUGGAUACUGAAGAAGAAACUAGUGAAGCAAGAAUAUGCUCUCUACAUUUCCAAGACGAUUGCUUCGAAAUGAAAUGGACAACACUACGUGGAACAAAUGUGCCAAAAGAAUUAUGCAGAUUAAAAAAGAAUUCCGUGCCUAAUGUAUUAUUACAUUUAGAGAAAAAAACCAAAUUAAAAGCAAAAGUAAAAGAAGUUAUAUUAACUUAUGCUGAAUUAGUAAAAUAUGCACAGCAAAAACAGCAGAUGCAGAAACACAAUGGGCAUAAUCUUUGUGAAAUUCUUAAAGAAGGAACCGUACAAGAAGCAAAUACUCUUGGAUUAAAUAUAAAAAUGGAAGAGACAAACACAAUAAAUGAAGAAAAUGCUAAUGAACAAAAGAAAAAACCAUACAAGAAACAAAUACUCUUGGAUUAGAUAUAACGGAAGAGACAAACACAAUGUAUGGUAUAAUGUUUACAUAUUCAAUAGUGGUUAAUUAAUAUAUUGCUAUUAAAGCACACAUUUGUAUUUUACAGAAAUGAAGAAAAUGCUAAUGAACAAAAUACAUCCGUAGAAGAAUUAAUGCAGCUGUUAAUAAAAGAAAAAAAGAAAAGGAAAUAUUACUAAAAGAAAAAAAAUGAAUUGUUGCAAGAAAAGUAGACACUUCUCGGAGAUAAUAAAGAGUUAAAACAACAGAUGGAAUUAUUAGCAAAGACUGUACACCAGAAAUCUGAGACCAUUACACAAAUGAC